AUGUUGCAGGCUUUGGGAGGACCUGUGCCUCCAAACACUGACCAUGCCGUCAGUGUAUCGCUUCCAUCAUGGAGGGAAAGCAUCGGCUACGAAGAAGGAGAAGCUUGGGUGAUAGACAAGAUGCAAUGCGGUUAUCCCCGAUUCUUCGUCCAUCCUAUUAUUCAAAAGCUCGCGCAGGAGAUUGUUCGCCGAGUCGGUGACCCCAACCUCGAAUCUGCAACCCUAUUCGCCUCAGUCAAGUCAGCGCGCAUCUGUCACUCUUUUUUGCUUAGCAAAAUCCCUGCAGAUCAGGCAUACAAAGUACGGAUUGUCAACUUCGUCCCAUCCCCGCAUACCGAAUCCGGAUCGACAGUGACAUCUUCCUUGUCGUGUGUCAUUUACCCAAAAGAAUACGCCUCCAUUACCAAGCAGGUAUGGCAACACUCGGGCAAUGGCAUCUCCAGUCGACGAGGUGAGUUCUGCCUUGGAGCAUUGGAGGACGGGUUCUUGGUGGAAGACAAGGGCCUUGCGACUGCGGAGUCAGUCUCCCAGCGUCCUUGUAAGGGACCCCGCAGAUACCAAGGUAUCAGUAAAGGGAGAAAGGGCUCUGUUGGAGAAUCUCCUCCCGAAUCAAACACCGAAGACGGCGGCCGAGACUAUGGUCAGUUUAUUGAGGAGCGGUUUGGCCGAAAUCUGAGCACUUCUCUCGCCAACCAGGCCAAGCUGGCUGUUCGCAAACGUAUUGCGGGUGUCUUGACUGCCAAUGCUGAACUGCCAGAAGCCUUAAAGACAGCUUCAUCAGAAGGCCGAGUCGCCGGUAUCUCCGAGGAGGAUGUCUAUCUUUACCCUGCGGGUAUGAGCGCUAUCUUCAACGCUCAUCAGACCUUACUGGCUACUAGAGGCGAAUUGCCCUCAAUUUGUUUCGGGUUCCCUUACACGGAUACAUUGAAGAUUCUCCAAAAGUGGGGACCAGGCUGCGUCUUCUAUGGUCACGGCUCGUCGGAAGAUCUGGAUGAUCUGGAAUCUCGACUGAAGGCUGGUGAGCGUUUCCUUGGGCUUUUCACCGAAGUACCAGGUAACCCUCUUCUCAAAACACCGGACCUCAAACGGAUUCGCGCUUUGGCAGACCAAUAUGGCUUUGCGGUGGUGGUCGACGAAACUAUCAGCAACUUUAUAAACAUCAACGUUUUGCACUUGGCCGACAUCGUUGUCAGCAGCUUGACCAAGAUUUUCAGCGGAGAUAGCAACGUCAUGGGAGGAAGUGCUGUGCUCAACCCUCAAGCGCCGUAUUAUGCGGCCAUCAAGGAGACAUAUAACCAGGACUACGAAGAUAUCUACUGGGCUGAGGAUGUCGUGUUCCUGGAGAGAAACAGCCGUGAUUUUAUUGCUCGCAUUGAACAGAUCAAUGCUACCACUGAGGACAUUACAGCGAUGCUGAAGGAGUCCCCCCUAGUGAAAGAUGUUUACUACCCGAAAUACAGCCCCUCGAAACCACUAUAUGAUAGUCUCCGCAAUGCCAAUGGUGGUUAUGGUGGUCUCUUCUCUGUGACAUUCCACACCACAGCCGAGGCGAUUGCCUUUUUUGACACCAUCGAGGUUUUCAAGGGACCCAGCCUUGGGACCAAUUUUACAUUGAGCUCUCCAUACGUCCUCCUGGCCCAUUACGGCGAAUUAGAUUGGGCGAGAACCUUCGAUGUCGAUCCGGAUCUAGUGAGAAUCAGUGUUGGAUUAGAAGAUGCAGCCGACCUGCGCGCCCGGGUACAACGGGCCUUGGACGCAGUGCAAAAAGUUGGGCAGGCAAGUGUAUAG